CAGCUCUUAUCUCAGGUCGGUAUCUCUCGUCAAAUCCAGAUAUGAAGCAGCACUAGUGAAAAUAAUUUUUAAUUUGGUACAUUUUCAUAAAAUAUGAAGGGAUGACUAAAGAUUCGUAGUAAAAACGGUUGCGAUUUUAAAAAUUAAAUAUCAAUUUCCCUAGCUUGUCUGUGAAUGGUGGUGAUCUGAUUUGAGUCAGGCUGAAUAUUUGGAGUGCUUCCCCUAAACAGCCAUUUAUUUUUUAAUCUGUCAUGUGGAAUAUUUUUUUAAAACACACAAAAAAUUAUGGUAAUUAAAAAAACUAAAGAAUUAGCCAUAUUAAGGAUUUUUCUUGACUGCAAGUUGCCUGUAAAGAAUCAUCAGUGUAUAGAUUUAGAAGUAUCCAUUACUUGCAACUUUUUAAAACAUUCAGUUAUAGCUGCUUUUGAAGAGGUUUUCACUUUUAUUUAAAUUACUAAUGGAUCAAAGAACAAUUGUUUAUUUUUUUCUCUUUGGUUUUAGAUAUUAAUGAUAACCUUGUUGGAAUUUUUUUCCAAAGAAAAUAUUUUUAUAAUUCAGUAAUUUAAUGUUUUCCUUCCUUUUCAUUACCCACUCUUGGCAGUGUUAGGGUAUCUGUUUACCUUUAAAAUAAUAAAUCUGACUCAAGAUUUUUUUAUGUAUGUAUAAAUAAGUAUUUUGGUGUGCAACAAAAGCCUUUUCAAAUUAUCAGUACCUUUUUUUUUUUUUUUUUUUUUUUAAUUUUAAAGAAUGAGCCAGUAUUUGUUUAGUGCUCUCUAGGGAACAUGCAGAUGGGAGCUCAACUCUAAGGGAGGGCUGGGGAGAUGGGUUUAUUUUUACCACCUGUGAAUAUGUAAAACACAAAACCAUGAUCUCUGAGGGACUUUUUAACACCAGUGGCAGGACAAGAGAUUUCUGUGCUCAACUAAUGGAGCCGGAGCCAUAUAGGCAUCUUGGGAAACAAGUUUGAGCCAGCUACUGGUGUAAUGUACAGUUAUAUUUGUCUAUAAAUGGAACUGUUUAUGGCAAUUUAAUACCAUUCUCUUUGUAAAGUGAAUAAAUAUUCAUCUUUACCCAGUCUUGUCUUGUGGUGUAUGUAGAGGAACACAGCCACCUAUUUGGGCUUGUGUGAAGGUUUCAAGAAAGUGAUCCUACUCCGCUAGCGUUAAUAGGUACACUCUCAGGGUUUGUUGGAAAACCUGGAAUUUGUAACGAAGUGAAAGAACCAGGAACUUUGAAUUGGGAUGCAGCCCUGCUGGCUGAGUCGUGCUCCCACAGCCCGAGGCUGCAGUGGUGGUCAUGGUUUCCCUGCACCUGACUCUCCCGGGAGAAGUAAAGGACCAUGUGUGUAGUGAUUGCUUACUAAUUAUUGUUGGGGUUAGACAAAUCCGGGGCUUAAUUAGGCUUGUUUCAAAGACGUUUCUAGUUUCAGGGUGUUUUUCACCAUUGUCGUUCCACUCCUAAUCCAGGGCAACCGCACUUUGUGUGUGUGGUGUUGUCUUUUCUGAGAAUAAUUUUUCCUCCCAACCUUUUAUUUUGAAAAGUUAACCCUACAUUCAUGAUCAAGGAUUAACACAUUGUAUUUGGUUGUGGUUACUGCUCUGUUAAUCCAGAAUAUCCCCCUUUGUGUGUGUGUGUGUGUCAUGAUUUUGAUAUUUAAAUGAUUCCCAUAAAUAAGGCUGUGUUGGAGAAAUGUUUUACCAUCUGGAUUCGUCUGAUUGUUUCCUUGUGGUUAGAUUCUGGUUUAAAUGUUUUUGGCAAGAAUACUAAAUAGGUAGGGGUAUCAGAUUAAUUUGUAAAGAAGUCUUUGGGUGUAGAUGAAUAUACAGAGUAUAUGUUUUGAUGUAAGUAGGUAUCAAACUUAGGUUUGGGACUUUUGAAGUUUUAGUGCAGCAGGGCUCUUGGGGUGCAGAAGUGGAAUCGUGGUAGUGAGAACACUGGGUAUAUUGAUACAAGGCUGUUCCCUAUGGAAAUUAACUCUCAGCAUUGUACAUUCAUUCAUUCAACAAAUACUGAUUGAUUGUACCUACUCUGUGCCAGGGAUUAUGUAGUUGCUUGGCAUACAUCACUGAAUUCUGUCCUGAGAAGCUGUGUUCUACCAGAGAGAUAGGCAAACACAAUGUGUAAGAGCAAGUAAAUUCUAUGUAGUACGUUAGAUGGUGACUUAAUGGGGGGGAGUUGGGGGUGGGAGAGUGUAGGCUGCAGAAUUAAAUACAUAAUCAGGGUAAGGUUUGUUGAGAAGGUGAGGUUUGAACAUAGACUAGGAGGGGUGAGGGAGUUAGCAAGUGGGUAUCUGGGGAAGAGUGUUGUAGGUGAGGAAACUGCCUGAGCAAAAGCCCUGUGGCCAGCACCUGCCUGUGAUUGUGUUGCAGCAAGAUGGUCAAUGAGACAAACAGGGAGAGUACAUCAAGAGGUUAGCAGAGGUAAUGAGCAGUCAGGUUUCAUAGGGCCUUGCAGGCCAUUGUUGGCACUGGUUGUGCUCUCACUGAUAAAGUUGCAGUGUUUGGGCAGAGGAGUGCUAUCUGGCUUAUGUGUUGAGAAUUUUGUAUCAUUCUGGUGCUAUGUUGAGAAAUCGAAAAAUUGUAUUCUAAUAGGCAGAGACCAGGAGGAUGCUUUGGCAGUAAUCCAAGUGAGAGAUGAUGGUGACUUAGACCAUUGUGGUAGUCUGGGUUUGGUUGGCUUCUGGGAUUGUUUUAAAAUCAGAGCUAAUUGGAUUUCUUGUGAGGUAUGGAAGAGGAUGAGUCACGGAAGACUCCCCAGUGUUUUUUGCUGGAGCACCUGGAUGAUGCUAUGGGCAGAGCAAGUUUAGAAAAGUAAAUCAGGAAUUGAGUUUUGGACAUGUUGAGUUCUAGAUGUGUAAUUAGGAAGGCACAUACCUACCCAGUUGACUUGGCGAAAGUGAGAUGGAGGUGUAGGUUUGGUAUUGACAUGUAUGUGACAGUUAAGCCACAAGACUGCGUGAGCUUCCCAUAGAGCGCUUGUACAUAGGAAGAGCACCCAGGCCUGGGGCUUCAGCAUCUGAGUACGACAAGAGAAACUUCAAGGAACGCAUCCAAGAAAGCGUGACCAUGGAGUAGGAGGGGCUGAUGUUUAUUUACUCUUCAUUCUCUUGAAAUCUGAAUUCAUGACAACCUUCAGCUGUGAUUCUUUCAACUGUAGGUGAUAUUACUGGUGUGUCCUCCCAGGCCACGGUGUUUUUUAUGAUGCCCUUCAUGACCAUUUGUUGAUCCCUUUGAAGGCAACUCAGGUGUACAAUUUUUUUUUAAGGAAGGAAAUACAUUUUUUUUUUAAGUUUGUUGAUUUAUUUUGAGAGAGAGAGCAUGAUUGGGGCGGGGUGGAGAGAAAAUCCCAAGCAGGCUCCACACUGCCAGGACAGAGCCCACAAUAGGCAGGGAGGGGCUCAAACUCACGAACUGUGAGAUCAUGAUCUGAGCCAAAAUUGAGUUGGACGCUUAACCAACUGAGCCACCCAGGUGCCCCUAAGAUUUUAUUUAUCUUUAUUUAUUAAAAAAAAAAAUUUUUUUUUUACAUUUAUUCAUUUUUGAGAGACCAAGCACAAGCCGGGGAGGGGCAGAGACAGAGGGAGACACAGAAUCCAAAGCAGUCUCCAGGCUCUGAACCGUUAACACAGAGCCCAACGCAGGGCUUGAACCCACGAACCAUGAGAUCAUGACCUGAGCUGAAGUCGAACGCUUAACUGACUGAGCCACCCAGGCGCCCCCUCGGCCCCCCCCCCCCCCGCCCCGCAAACUUGUUUUUUAAUAUAAUGUGUUCUUUACCUUUACGGCACCUCAGCACUGUCCUUUGUGCUAACCCAUUUUGUGUCCACAAUUUGUAUACCGGAUCAGAAAAUGUAGAAUGAGAGUCUGUAGCCGUGUAGACAGAUUAGCAGGCACGGUCUGGCACAAGUGCGGGAUAGAUGGUAUUCUGUCUCUUCUGUACAAUGCUGGCUGACUGGCUGUGAGAAAACCAGAUUGAGCGUACUUCGCAAGUACUUUGUGGAUAGUGUUUGAUAGGAAGGUAGUUCUGAGAAGAACAAGGCAAUUAUAAAUGCACGUGAGGAAUGUCAAAUGAAAAACCCCGAAGUUGAAAAUCACCACUUUAAAAGUUGCCUGGCAUAUUCUUUGUAGGUAAUGAUCACUCAAAGGGGGAGGAAAUAACAUACUUAACUGGCCGCUGAAGUGAAGGGAUUUCCUGAUGGAAGUAAGUAGGUAUAAAAGCAUUUUGUUAGACCCUUGGCCCCACCGUAGCGUGUUUUGUUCCAGUUAGAAAGAGGCGAAGGGGCAUGGUGGUGCCUGACCUUCUGCAAUCCCUGAAGACUGAGGCCAUGUGGCAGCUAGCUGCCUUAGCUGGCCCUGUGUGGUCACGAUGUUGCAAAACUGGGCCAAAGCUUCUCAGGUUCAGAAACGAAUUGCCUUUGUCUUUAGAAGUGAUGCAAUUUCGUGAAGUGAAAGAGUUAACAAGGCUUCUAGGAAAGAUUGGUAUUUAAAUGGUGUAUUUACAGUGAGAAGCAUAUCUCUCAAGUGGAGUAGCGUGUUCAAGUUUGGUGAAGACCUGUCUUUCUGCACAGGAAAGCCACAGAGUAAGCUGGCUUUAUAAUUGGAAGAUUGUCUUUGAACCAGAGUGUGAAAUUGGAAUAAGCAAUGAAUUGGAUGGUUUUACUAGCUGGUGUAACGGGCAGUGUGUAGUCUAUAUUGUGAAGGGGGUAGAAUUCUAGGCUUUCCUCACCUUGCUCUGGGCCCUUCACUUCAUACUGAUCCUGCUUUUAAUGGGACAGUUACUGUGGUUGGAACUCAGGUGUUCUGGGCCUCCUCAGGCACCCACCCACUUAGGACGGCUGGUUAGGGUACAUUCUAAUAAUUUAGUGGACAGCUUCCUCCUGACCAUGGGCACCAUCACCAUGCAGUUACACCUAAGCAAUAAACUUGCCAUUUUCAGCCAAACUUUGACCUUGUUAAGUAUUUUCAACCUAGCAAAGUCUGCCUCCCCUUCUUUAUUGUGGUAAAAUAUACGUGGAUGAUUUUAACCGAUUUGUUUUUCCUUUUCCCUUUUGUUCGUUUUUUGAGAGAAAGAGCGAGCGCACGAGUAGGGGAGUGGGGCAGAGGGAGAGAGAAUCCCAAGCAGGCUCUACACUGUCAGUGCACAGUGAGAUCAUGAGAUCAGGAACCAUGAAAUCAUGACCUGAGCAGAGAUUAAGAGUCACUUAACAGACUGAGUCACCCAGGCACCCCUCCCACCCCCUUUUCUUUAAUGUAUUUUUAAACCCUAUUGUUUUAAAAACAAUGGCAUCCAUUGAGUAAAUUUUGGAAAAUACCAAAAUGCGUAAGGAAGGAAAAUAAAAUUAUAUUAACAGAUAACCGUUUAUACUGUUUGGAGUAUCUCCUUUAAAUCUUUUUCUCUUUAAAAAAAAUAAAAAUAAAAAAAAAUCUUUUUCUCUUUGCAUGAGUGCGCACACAUUUUUCUUAAGAAAUUGGAAUCCUACCAUUUGUUCAUUUUAUUCUUUGUCACAUUAAUAUUAUUAAUUACCCUUUGAAAUAAUGCUAUCUGUGGUUUUUAGUAUUCCAUCAUGUUCUACUUUAAAUUUGUUGUAAGUAACGCUACAGUGAACAUUUUGCCCACGUUUUGUAUUUCUUUUUAAAUGUAUCCUUAUGAGGUAUUCUUAGGAAUAGCAUUAGUUAAUAAAAUACAUGAAUAUUCUCUUCAGACAUGAAAUUUGCUAAAUCCUUUUCCAGAAAGGUUGUAUUGAUUUUUUUUUUUUUUUUAAGACUCUUUAGACUUGCAAGAUCAGGUCCUUGUCUUUGCUUAAAGGGAUUGUCUUAUUUAUCUGUAAAGACUUUUUAUUUAUUAAAGCUAUUCAUCCCGUGCCAAAGAUACCACAGAUAUUUUCCCCCGACUUGCCUUUUCAUUUUUUGUAUGAUACUAUUUUCCUUUAUGGUUUUCUUAUUUUUAAGCUUAAAAAACCUUUCCCCCUAGGAAGAUACUCCUUGUAUUUUGUUUUAGUCCUCUUCAUCUCCCCUGCCCCCCCACAUUUACCUUUCUAGUAACUGGUUGUGAUUUAUCAAUCCAUGUGAAAUAAAGUUGGUUGCAACCACUAUUUUUCCAAGUAGAAAAAAAUAAUUGCUAUAAAACAUCAAUAUGUUGCAUGUAGAUGAGAGUGAUUGUUUUAGAGGGGCAUAUAUAUGUUAGGUUGCAAUCUAAAACAUGUUUCUGUGGGUAAGACACUUGAAAGCUGCUGCUGUAAUCCAUUUUGAAUUCUUUUCCAUGUAUCUGUGAGAUGGGGGAGGCUCUAAUUUAGUUUUCCCUCCACACACACCAGUUUUCUCCACACUGUUGAAUACUGUUAGCACUGGACUGAAUUUGUGUCCUCCCCAAAUUCGUAUGUCGAUCCUCUAAUCCCCGAUGUGACGGUAUUUGGAGAUGCAACGUUUGGGAGGUGAUCAAGUCAGGAGAGUGCAGUUCUCAUGGUGGGGUUCUUGCCUUUAUAUAGAAAACCCGAGAGAGCUUACUUCCUGUCUCUGCUCUUUCUGUGUGCGCGUCCAACGAGAGGAUGGCCAUCCACCAACCAACCAGGAAGCAGGUUCUCACCAGGCACCAGAUCUGCCGGCACCUUGAUCUUGGGCUUCCCAGGCUUCAGAACUGUGAGAGAGAAAUGUUUGCUGUCUAAGGCUCCCAGUCUGUGGUAUUUGUCCAGCGGCCUGAGCAGACUAAGACUCUUUCUGGCCUGUAGACGUAUGCUCAUAUGGCAGGUCUGGUUCAUUGCCAACCAUUCUAUUCACUGUUCUCUCCUUUGUAUCACUGCUACAUUGGUGUGAACCAGUGUUGCUUUGCAAUUAAUUCAUUUUUGUUGUUGGUAUCUCUAUACCUAUAAAUAUUCCCUAAAUAUUUUUUCAUUCUUCCAUAUUGUUAAGUAAAUAUUCUUUGGUUGUAAGAAAAAAACUUGACUGGAGGCAGCUUAAGCAAAACAAACGUAUUACAACUUCAGAGAAUCUCAGUGCACAGGCAGAACCAGCUGGCCCUCAGGAAGGGAUUACAGGUGGGAGGGGGAAGAACCAGCAACGGCUCCGAGCAGUCCCUUAUCUUCUGCCCUCUGUCGCCUCUGUCCCCAAGUUUAUGAUGUUAUAAUCCAGCCACUGCUGACUCUCAGGAGAGCUGGAUAUUCUCUGCGUCUCCAGAUCCACUAUCCCGCUUUCUCCAUCUGCUCCAUGGCUAGGAGCCUGGGUUUUAUAAACUGCAUCAGCCCAGCUCCUGGGCUGGCAGCUGGUUGGGAUCAGCCAAUGGGCGGGACUGGCAGGGGUGGGAGGACAGGAGGGUCUUGUUUAUUGGCCUGGGCUAGCUCUCCGACUAGCCAGCUGGCCUUGGGGUGGCAGGGACUUAGCUCUGGCUAGAGUCCAGGAACAAUCCCCCCUUUGCUCUUCUGUGGCUGCAGUUUGAAGUUCACUUUGCUUUCUUGCCUAUCUUUCUCAAUGCCUCACCCUCUCCGGCCAAUUUCCCCUAACUCUGCCCACACCUUUGCAAGUAGCCCCUUUAUGAAAUUCUUCAAACACCAUCAAAGUGUGUUACCGUUUUCCCCCUGGGAGCUUGAGCCAGUCCAAAUUGCCGGUUCCUGGGAGAGCGUGGCUUCGUUUUGGUUCAGGUAUCACCACAUCAAUCACCCAGGCCUGGGCAUGUCACAUCACGGUAGUGAAGGGGGCAGUCUCCUGCCCAAAGUCAGGUUCAUUGUGAACUGAGCUGUUGUAUACCUCACAGAGAGUUAAAGCAUUAACAAAUUAAAAAAUGUUUAAGUUGUGGUAAAAUAUACAUAAUAUAAAAUUUACCAUUUUAACCAGUUCAGUGGCAUUAGUAAGUACAUUCAUGUUGUGCGCCCAUCACCACCACCCAUCUCCAGAACCUUUUCAUCCUCUCAAAUUGACACUCUUUACCCUCUGAACCCUAACUCCUCUCCCCUUCACCAUAGCCCCUGGCAACCACUGUUGUCCCUUUUGCCUCUGAAUCUGAUCACUCCAGGUACUUCAUUGAAAAAAUAAAUCUUAGACAAGUAAUACAGAAAUACAUUCUUGUCAGAAAGGAUGAAAACAUUAUGUAUAAGGCUGAACUAAAUCUGCCCCCCACCUCGGAUCCCCUUCCUCACACGAUGGUCACACACAGAGGUGAGCAUGGUUAUUUUAGAGGCUGGGUUCUUCUGAAGCUUUUCCUAUGCCUUUCUUUGCCUACAUACAUGUGCUCUUAGAAAAUAAGUCAUUUCUCCGUUUCUCACGUAAAUGGUAUACUGUAUGUAGCAUUCUGCAACUAGAACUCACUUUUUAUUACCUGGCGCAUGUUGGAAGACUUUCCAAGUUUGAAGACAGAACUUCCUCAUUCCUUAAAACUGCCUCAGGACCAGUUGGCCUGGCUUGGGGUAGAGCAAUAGAGUAAAAUAAUUGAUUCCAUCAUGGAAUGUUAUAACAUUAAAAUUUAGUUUUCCCGUUGGAUAGGAAUAUCAUAUGAUGAUGAUUUUUUUUUUUAAUUGGGAAAUGGUGGCUCUUGCUACUACCUCUGCAGGUUGGGGUAAUCGCAUUGGAAGAAAUGAUCUAAUUGUAGUUUGGGAGUGUGUGUGGCUGAACAUUCCAGUUUGGGCAAAGUAAAUAAUUGGCCUGUUCUGGCACAUCAUAUUCCUCAGGCUCUUGCCUCAUGACUGAAUGAUUUUGUGUGUUUGUUUAGGACUCCAGUAGGAUAGGGGAGGCACUGGGGUUCUGCAUAGGUGGGAAUCUUUUCAUCGAGAAGGGUUUUUUCUGCCUUUCUUGUUUCACAGCUGGGUGCUCAGUGCUUUGCACACAGUUGAUUGCAUUUGACACACAGCGUUGGAAUGUCCCUGGGAUUGUGACUUAUGGCACUUACAAUUUAGGGGUGGGGAUGAGUGGGGAGAUACAGUUGAACAAGUACUUAGAAAACAAGGUAGAAUGAGGUAAAUGUCAUUUAUUUUUACAAGACAGGUGCCGUGGAAGCCAUGAGAAAGGGGAGACCAAUCUACUCCCAACCAGAGAUCAGAAUGUCGAAGAACAAAAGUGAGGAGCAAAAUAGAUGCUUAAGAGUCAGCAGGGCCUCCGGAUGUGUGAACAGCCUCCCGCCAGCUCUCCUGCCCUGUGUUACGUACGCCUGCCUGUUUUCUCUGUAAAGACCCUCGGGGAUCUGCCUAGAAAACAUCUUGGAUGAGGAGACAGAAGGUGAGGAAGGUUACGGACUGGCCAGAGGUCACACAGCUGGAAGAAGCAGGAUCAGGAUUCACAGCCAGUUCUGCCUCUUGCCAAGGCCUGGAUGCUCACACGACCUGCCCUUCUGCGCCUAGAAACAGCUUGAGAGCUGAACCGGAAUUGGGCCCACAGGCCACUACAGCAAAACCAGGGGUUCCUUGCCAGCGGUGUCCCAGCCCCAAGCCUGCCAUGCAUUCCCCUGCUGUGGUCACUACCCAGCGGGGCCCGGCUCUCUCUCUCCGGCAGCCCCCACAGGACAGGUUGGCCACUUGGGAGUGCCCAGUGCCCGGCUGGGCCCCAGGGGAAAUGAGGCCAAGGGGAAAUGUCUCCUGGCUCCUUCUCUCCCUCUUGCAGGAGCUGCGGGCUCCUUCAGAGCAGCGGUUGCUAUGCAGCCUUGUUUAUUCAAGGAGAGCGUGGUAGAGGCCGGCAGCGCACCAGCAGCAGGGCCAGGGGCCUGUCCUCUAGCCUGGGGCUGGCCAGGCGUGGGGCCGCCUCAUCCUUGCACCCCUGGACUCCUGGGCCGCAUCGUCUGUGGAGAGACCACAGAGCCUGGGCUUCUUCAGUGACAGGGGUUGGCCUCUGUGUGGAAAGGCCCGACAAGGAUGCAGCUUUCGUGUGGAGGGUGUCCAGGCGCCUAGUCAGACAGCACUGCUGGUCUCCCAUGUGCCCAUCUCUGCCCGGGACCCACCCCUGGCAUCGUGGUGGGUGCGAAUUCACAGCACAGCAUCCCAGGUCUCUGGAUGUUACAAGCUGUGGACCUCUGGAUCCCCAAGGACUGCGUUCACGGCCCAGGAAGUAGCGGCUGCCUCUGGACAACCUCCCAGGCACCUUCACUGAUAGGGGCAUGGGCACCCGUGAUGCUGUCCCCCCAGCCAAGGUUCUGGCCCCCGUGGCCGUGUACCGUGGGAGUGUCCCUCGGACCAGUGCCGGGCCCCGCACACUUCCGGGCGGAAGCAGUGACUCCAGGCUUCGGACUUAUGGAGAAGCGUCCCUCCAGCCAGCUCCGAGGGUCUUGCAAGAGGAGCCGUUGCAGCCCUUGAGUGGACAAGUGGAUCCUGGCAACCUCAAGCUGGAUGCCCCUCCAAAGGGAUGGCAGGCCAGGAAUGGCCACCCCAGGAACAUUGCUGCCUUAUCUCUGGGGCCCAACCACCCGGCACCCUUUUUGGAGUCUGAGGCCAACAGUGUGGCCCGGGACACCACCCAGAUCAAGGACAAGCUCAAGAAAAGGAGGCUCUCAGAGGGCUUGGCAUCAUCUUCCCAAGUCUCUCUGGAUCCUUUGGGAGGCCCCAGAGGAGUUCCUCUGAGGAGCUUCAUCCCCCGGGCCACCUCUCAGAGGCUGCUGAGGGUGCCCAAGCCGAUGCCCCCCAUCCAGAGCAUCCCCACCACCCCUGAGGCUGGUGGAGCCAAGGAGAAUGGCCUGGAUCUGCCUGGGAGCAGCCAGGGUCCCCAGGAGCUGAGACCCGGAGCCCAGGAGGUGCAGAUCUCCAGGCACUACCUGCACUGCAAGGAUGAGAAGAUGCACAAGUCACUGGGGGGUCUUGUGAUCCCGCCCAUCCCAAAGGCCGGGGUGCCCGCUGGGACCCCUUCCGGUGCACCUGGCUCCCUUCCCCGCCUCCUGCCUCCAGGCCAGGAUGUCCUCACGGGCCUGAGGGUCCCCCGCACACGAUUGGUUCGGGAGAGUGGGCCUCGGGAGAAGACCCCUAAAUCUCUGGAGCCAAAACCUUCGGCUCCACCUGCCAGAGACAGGUCUGCUGCCCCCGAGAAGGCUGCCCUGCCUUCAUCUCAGUCUGCUCCUAUGAUGACAACCUUCUCCUUCGGCCAUGCCAAAGAAGCCUGCCUCUUGCUCAAAGAGGAAGACCAGAGGGAGAGCAGUACCAAGAUCCAGGUCACCAUCUCCAAGUCUGCCCAGGAGAAGAUGCGGCUGAGGCAGAUGAAGGAGUUGGAGUUCCAGAGGGCACAGGAGCCGGAGAGGGAGAGGGAGCUUGCUUCCCAGAGCCUGGGCUCCCGGAGAUCCCUGAUGAAGGAAGGCCUCCUUCCCCUCCGGGGCAGUGGAACCUUGUCUGUGCCCACUGGGCUGAGCAUCCCACGCAGAAACAUGGGUGUCACCCUCAGGAAGCGGGCCAACCGGGCCUCAUUACCCAGCAUCCCUGUCAGCAAGCAGGAGCCCAGCUUUGCCCGCCAUGCUUCAGCCAACUCACUCCCUGCGGUGCUUGCCUUGGGGUCUCCCGAAUGGGAAGAAGAGGAGGAGGAGAUGGCUCUCAGAGCCUCUAAGGAGCUGAGGCCUUUCUCGAACCCUGAGCUGGGGCUGAUGGAUGCCCUCCAGUGCCUCGAGAGCAGCGACUGGCAGAUGAAGGAGAAGGGCCUGGUGAGCAUUCAGCGCCUGGCGGCCUGUCAUUCAGAUGUCCUUGCUGGGAGGCUGCACGACGUGUCCUUGGCUGUGACGGGGGAGGUCACCAACCUCCGCUCCAAAGUGUCACGCCUGGCCAUCGGCACCCUGGGAGACCUCUUCCGGGCCUUGAAGAAGAACAUGGACCAGGAGGCUGAGGAGAUCACCCGCUGCCUGCUCCAGAAGAUGGGGAAUACCAGCGAGUUCAUCCAGAGAGCGGCCAACCGGUCCCUGGGGGCCAUGGUGGAGCAUGUGACCCCUGCCCGCUCCCUGGGGGCCCUCACCUCAGCGGGCAUCUACCACCGAAACCCCUUAGUCCGGAAAUGCACUGCCGAGCACCUCUCAGCCGUCCUGGAGCAGAUAGGCGCCGAGAAGCUUCUCUCAGGCACCAGGGACAGCACAGAUAUGCUGGUGCGCAACUUGGUGAGGCUGGCCCAGGACUCCAACCAGGACACCAGGUUUUAUGGCCGGAAGAUGGUGAAUAUCUUGAUGUCGAACACGAAGUUUGAUGCAUUUCUGAAGCAGAGCCUCCCGUCCCAUGACCUGCGGAAGGUCAUGGCUGCCAUUAAGCAGCGGGGAAUAGAAGACAGUGAUGGACUUCCAUCUGCCAAGGGCCGCAAGGUGUCAAGGAGUCUGGUGCUGUGUGAGAAUGGGCUGCCCGGCGAGGAUGGGCUCAGUUCCAAUGGCCCUCGGCUGGCAGGGCUACGGCCCUCCAUGCACAGUGGCCCGGAGGUGGUGGAAUGGCUUCGGGAGCUGACGCGACUGCUGGAGGCCAGAGAAUACCAGUCUCGGAUGGAGGGCGUGGGGCGGCUCCUGGAGCGCUGCAAGGCUGAGCCAGAGCUCAUCACCUCCAACCUGGUCCAGGUCUUUGAUGCUUUCACCCCAAGGCUUCAGGACUCCAACAAGAAAGUGAACCAGUGGGCCCUGGAGUCCCUUGCCAAGAUGAUCCCCCUCCUCAAAGCAAGCUUACACCCUAUGCUGCUCUCCAUCAUCAUCGCUGUUGCAGACAACCUCAACUCCAAGAACUCGGGGAUUUAUACUGCCGCCACGGCUGCGCUGGACGCCAUGAUUGAGAACCUGGACAAGCUUUGCCUCCUACAAGCGUUUGCUGGGCAGGUGCGCUUCCUGAGUGGCCGUGCAGUGCUUGAUGUCACAGAACGUCUGUCCGUGCUGGUGGCCUCUGUUUACCCCCAGAAGCCCCAGGCCGUGGAGCGUCAGGUCCUUCCGGUCCUCUGGUAUUUCCUGAACAACAUGACGGGGAAUGGUGUCCUGCCUGGGCAUGGCAGGAACGUCCGCGUGGCGGUGUGCCGGCUGUCCAGGGGCCUCCAGGAACAGAUGGGCUCCCGGCUGCGGCACCUGGCUGCUGGCCAGCCAAAGCAAGUCCUCAAAAUGCUCCAGGAACUCUUAGACACAGAAUCCCGGUGAGGCAGCCCCAGCCAACGUCACCGACAGAGGGGUGGCAUCUGACAACAAGACAACAGGCAGCUCGUGCCCCUUUCACCUGGGUUACAAACGGAUCUGAAAUGGGCAGUCAUUAUUUUUUAUCUUACUUGAUUUUUAUGAUGGAACAGUCUCCCGGCCGACUUUCUCUUAGAGUUCCAGAUGCACAUAGUAUAUUUUGAAGUAGGAAUAAAGGAAUUAUUUAUUUUUCUAA